GCUGCAAUGAUCGUGUGAAAUACGGUCAUAGGUCACUUUUUCAGUGCCAUAGCUUUGGUCACUAAAUAAACUGUUCUAAGUGGAGAACUACUUAUAUUUCAACUUUGGAAAUUGCUAUCACAAGAAAUGGUGCUGACUUCCAGCUUCGCUGGCAUUCAAAAUGUGGACCAGUUCAUGGUAGUCAUGGGGAUCAAUGGCUGUUAGCUUUGAUGGCAGGAUGACUGCUUCUGAAGGCCAUCGGCUGGGAAACUUGUGGGCUUCUGCAGUUGUUGACCAUUGCAAGAACUAACUGCUGGACUUGGGUUCAGAUUCAGCAGGGCAUUGCUUAUGUUCUAGGAAUGUCUUUAGGAUAUUCAUGUCAGCAACAAGAUUUUGGUACAUUCUAUAAUUUUAUCAUCAUUAGGAGGCAAAGCCAAUGUUAUUGCUUGCAGUUUACCUCUGAUACCAGCAUCCCAUCAGAAAAUGUAUUUGUGAAGAAGACAGCUCAUCAACUGAACACUUAAUAUGCUAAAGGGCAGAGAAUUAUACUGUACAUGUACAGUUACUAAAUAUUUAAUUUUAUUUUCUCUGAUGGUUUACUACAGUCUUAACAAUAUUGCCUCCAACUUGGGUUACCCUCAGCCUUUCUAAAUCUGUGAUGAUACUUUCUAGGUGAAAGGCUUGCAAACUUGAUAUUUCCACAUACUUCAUAUAAAUAAAUUUGAGCACAGCAGAACCAAUAGUAAAUAUAUCUGUUUAUGUUUUUAAAAAGUGCUUUGUGAUACAGUGCUUCCCGGAAUUUGUUGUGCAAAAGAAAUCAGAUCCACAUAUGUAGAGUUGAAAAUGACUGUGUUCAAUUCUGCCUAAUAUACAGGAAUCUUUCCAGACUGCUUGCCUUCUUUUGGGAUCAGAUAGAUAAGGCUUUAUGGAGUUUGGGGGGAUCUGUUCAGGAUCUCUUGCGUCUGCGCAAGGAUUCAAAGCUAAUUCCCCACAUGAGUCUUUUUCCUGCCUGGCUGGGUGCUUCAUAACAUCUGCUUACCUUCAGGCAGUAUUCUUUUUCUGUUGAUGCCCCUGGUACCAACCCGAUACUGCUCUGCUUCACAUAAGGCUUUGACUCUUGAAGCAGCUUUGGAAAAUGUUCUUCUGAAUGUUCUGGAAGCCAGAUGAAAACUCUUCAUUUUUGUGCCAUUUUCAGAAGAUCCAGAGGUUUUGCAAGAGCACAGCACACGCAUUCUCACAGUUUCUGCAGCCUCCAAAAAUCACACAAAGAAAGGACAUGCUUUCUAAAUUAAUUGCUGGAUUUGGGUGAAUGGUGGUGUGUCACCUAUAACAUUGUGGCCUGUCACCUUUAACAUCUGUAUCAGGUUCACCAUUGCUCUCGACCAUGGUUUGGUCAUAACUGCAUUUUCAACUCUACAGAAAGAAAUCCAGGGAAUUAUAUCUGGAGUCUCUUCAUAUACGAGAUUUGGCCACUUAAAGACUGCAGUCCUAGGCACCUUAAGUAUCCGUAUGACCUGUUGAAUGAAGUGAAACAUAAUUCCUAAGAAAAUAUGCAUAUAGUUAUUCUUGUUCCUGAUGUAUCCAGUGCAUUGAUCCUAAUGCUAAGCAUACAGUAUAGAACGUAUUUCAGAAUUGCAGAAGAAAUCUUGUCAUUUAUUCAAUAAUAUUGCUUCCAUCUUGGGAAAAUGAGAGCUAACAUAUCAUUGUAAUUACAGAAAGCAUUUUGAAAAUGCAUUGAUGGUUCAUCCUUGUUCUGCAUUCUCAAGACUAAGGUGAACAGCUGGAAUCCAUUUUUACUGGCAUAACAAUGAACUGAAUUGUAGUCAUUAAAAAAGAAAGAAUAUUAAUAAUUGAAAAAUAAAUUUUGCUAAUAGCUUCCAUAGGAAAAAGAUCUUACAGUUUGAUUAUUCAUUCCCUGGUCCUGGUCUAAAAAUUUAUUGAGGUAGGACCAUUUGAUCCUUACCAGGUAAUAUAAAUCAAAAGAUGAGCUGCACUGAUGCUUCAAGGCAUCACUCAAUCUCUGACAUCAGUGUGAAAUACGUCAGAACCACUAAAAGGCAUGUUAUCUACAGGAAGGUAUCACAUGACAAAGCUGUUACAAUCUACUUAGGAAAGCGAGAUUUCAUUGAUCAUGUGGAAUCUGUGGAAUCCGUAGAUGGAGUUGUAUUGGUGGAUCCUGAUAUUGUGAAGGAAAAAAAAGUAUAUGUGACACUCACGUGUGCAUUUCGAUACGGACAAGAAGAUAUUGAUAUUAUAGGUCUGACUUUUAGAAAGGAUCUGUACUUUCACAGAGUUCAGAUUUAUCCAUCACUAGACAAACCAGGACCCCUCACUACGUUGCAGGAAAGCCUGAUAAAUAAACUGGGGAAAAAUGCAUACCCCUUUGUGUUAACUUUCCCAGAUUAUCUGCCUUGCUCAGUGUGUCUGCAGCCAGCUCCCCAUGAAGUUGAAAAGUGCUGCGGAGUGGACUUUGAGGUCAAAGCUUUUUCUACAGACGAUCCAGAAGAAAGGAUUCUCAAGAAACAUUCUGUGCGCCUGCUUAUACGCAAAAUCCAAUAUGCUCCAGAAGUAGCAGGACCUCAGCCUCAUGCAGAAACCACCUGGCAGUUUUUCCUAUCCAAGAAGCCAUUGCACUUGAAAGCUUGCGUCAGUAAAGAGGUAUUUUAUCAUGGUGAACCAAUUCCUGUUACAGUGACAGUGAUAAAUAAUACAGAAAAAACGGUGAAGAAGAUCACUGUGUCAGUAGAACAAGUUGCUAAUGUGAUAUUAUACUCCAGUGACUUCUAUACCAAGACAGUGGCUCUUGAAGAAUCAGAGGAAAAGGUCCAACCAAACAGCAAGCUUACAAAGAUAAUAACUGUUCUUCCUUUGCUGGCAAACAAUCGAGUGAAGAAAGGCAUAGCACUAGAUGGGAAACUAAAGGAUGAAGACACUAACCUGGCUUCUACUACUAUUAUAAAAGAUGGAAUGGACCGGACAGUUCUAGGAAUCCUGGUUGCUUACAAGAUCAAGGUGAAGCUUACUGUCUCAGGCCUGCUGGGAGAUUUCACUUCCAGUGAUGUGAGCAUGGAGUUGCCCUUCCGUCUGAUGCACCCCAUGCAAGACAAGACCAAUAUAGCAGAAAAGGAAAGUGGCCAAGAUGACCUGGUGUUUGAGGAGUUUGCUCGGCAGCAACUGAAAGAUGAAGCUUCUGUAGAAGAAAGCAAAAUGGAGUAUCCAAAUACUGAAUGAAAGAGGGAGAAGGGACAAAUUUAGCAGAGGCCAUAACUUUUGUAUUUGUUAAGAAACAGAAUAGUUAAAUUGAGUUGAUGUGUGGUUCUUGUCUUUUUACUUAAGCUUCUUGCCUCACUAUAAAUGUAGAAGUACAGACUAGUUAUUAGCAGUUGAAUCCAUCCAAUUAAGGAGACCCUGCCACUUCUCCAAACGGGUGUUCCACUGUCAAACUGUUCUUACUAUUUUUCUAAUGUUCACUUUGAAAAGAGCAAUUAUUUUCCCCUCUCAAUCAUUCUUUUUUCUCAAGGUUAAACAUAUCCAGCUUCUCUGAUUUAUGUUCAUAGGAUCUAAUUUCUAGUUAUUUGAUCAUCUUUGUUGCUCUUCUCUGAGUAUGCUCCGAUAUCUCUGAACACAACAUUAUAAUCUAUGUGGGUCUGAAAAAGCCUAAUAAAGUGGCACAAUUAAUUGUCUUGAUUUGGAAGUUAUAUUUUUGUAGCUCAGCUUAUUAAUUGUAUUUGCUGUUUUGCAAUAAAACUAUAUAUGUUGGAUUAUA